CGGCUUCUGGAUCGACCGCAUCAAGUCCCACUGCUACGUCACCUACGCGUCGGUGGAGGAGGCGGCGGCGACGCGGGAGGCGCUGCACGGCGUCAGGUGGCCGCAGUCCAACCCCAAGGUCCUGGCAGCUGACUU